AUGCCGCGAUUGUUGAAAAGGCUGAAAGAAAAGCUGUCAAACACAGAUACGAAGAAAGAUGACGGAGCACAAGCAUAUGUUUCGCCCAAUUUCCCCUCUGUGCCUCAUGAACCCGUGCCUAAUCCCAAGCCUGCACCAAAUCCCAAGCCCAAUAUUGAGCCCAGGCGGCUUAAAGGGAGGUUAUGGAAUGAAGCAUACGAACAGCUGAAAUCGAAUAAUGCCGAGCUUGUGGAGUCAUACGAGAAAAUCCUCUCUACAGAACUUCUCCGCAGUCGACAUGAUUCUACAGAACCCGCCGCUCUGGCCAAUCGAAUCGAUGGGGCGUAUGACGAAAGAUGGAAACAAAUGCAAAUGAUUGUAGAGACGGCAUUGGAGAGAAAGAAAGAAAGAAUUGCAGCAAAGCAGAAAAUUGGCAGUGGCUUAGCAACAGUUAGCACUGCCAUGGGUCAAGCUGUUCGAGCUGUUCCAGAGGCGGCUGUUGCUUGGACUGGUGUCUGCUUUGCUCUCGAGAUAAUCUCAAAUUCCAUCCAAGAAACCACAGCAAACCAUCAAGGCAUACUCUAUGUCGUAUCAAGGAUGGACUGGUAUUGGCAUCUUGCGGAACUCCUCUCGGAUAGUAAUGCAAUUGAAUCUGCGUCGCAUCCAUUGCGAGUUCAGAUGGAAAAACAUAUAAUUGAUCUAUACCAGAAACUUCUACUCUACCAAAUGAAGAGCGUGUGUCGUUAUUAUCGCCUGCAUGGACCGGCGAUCUGGAGAGAUGCAAUCAAGGCUGAUAACUGGGCAGCUCAAUUGGAUGAUAUCCGGAAUGCCGAGGUGAUUGUCCAGGAAGAUUCGAGAAUAUUCAAUGCUCUGGAGACACAAAGAAGACUUGACGAGAUUGAUUCUGCGAGCAAAUUGCUCCAAAGCGAAAUACAGGGCAUUUGGCCAAAGAUUCAGGAACAUAUCCUCAGUAAGGAAGAAGAACGAUGCCUAAAAGACUUACGGAUCACCGAUCCCCGCGAUGAUAAGUCCCGAAUCGAAGAUACAAAUGGUGGCCUUUUACAAGGCGCCUAUGGUUGGGCUAUAAAUCAUGAUGACUUUAUUGCCUGGCGGGAUGAGAAGGAAAACCACCUGUUGUGGAUCAAAGGCGACCCUGGCAAAGGGAAGACCAUGCUUCUGUGCGGCAUCAUUGAUGAACUGCAAAGUCUAAAUAUCAAGCCGUGCUAUUUCUUCUGCCAGGCUACUGAUCCGCGACUUAACAAUGCUACAGCUAUUUUGCGCGGCCUCAUAUACCUAUUGGUUGAUACAAACCGACAGCUUCUCUCACAUAUUCAAGAGAAAUACGAACAGGGGGGUGCAGAAUUGUUCCAGGAUGCUAAUUCCUGGAUUGUGUUGUCCCAAAUUUUCACCAAGCUUCUGGAAGAUCCCACCAUGGAGGGUCAAGUGUUUAUGAUUGAUGCACUUGAUGAAUGUCAGACUGAUUUAGACCGGCUCCUUGAUCUCAUCGUUGGGAGAUCUGCAAGUUCUCACGCGAAAUGGAUUGUGUCAAGCCGAAAUUGGACUGGAAUCGAGGAGAAAUUAGGCACAAUCUCACAAAAGAUUCGAUUCUCUCUUGAACUAAACGAACAAUCAGUCUCCGAAGCAGUUAGCUUUUAUAUCACUCACAAAACAACCCGACUAAAAGAAGCAAAAGGGCUGGACGAUGAGACUGAGCUAGUGGUUCGAGACUACCUGAUCAAUCAUGCGAGAGGAACGUUUUUGUGGGUGGCCUUGGUUUGCAAAGAAUUGUUAAAAAUGUCAGUGCGCAAACGGCAUGUGGUGAAGAAGAUGGCAGAAUUUCCAUCCGAUCUUGUCCCUCUCUACGAGAGAAUGAUGCAGCAAAUUCGUGAAUCGGAAGACUCCGACUUGUGUGAGAGGAUUCUUAAACUAGUUGCUGUCGUCUACCGGCCUGUCACACUGGCAGAAUUGGCAUCUCUCUUGAACGUUGAGGACAAGUUCAGCAGAGAAGAUCUUGAGGAAAUAGUUGCCUCAUGUGGAUCUUUCCUGGUUGUGAGAGACGAUGUGGUGCGGUUUGUUCACCAAUCGGCCCAGGACUUCCUGCUCAAAGACAGGAUGCUUGUCUCUGAACUUGGAGGCCAGCACUAUACCGUCUUUUCGAAGUCGUUGGAAAUCUUAUCAAUGACUCUGCGGCGCGACAUGUAUGAUCUCCACCAUCCUGGCGCCCUCAUCGAAGAGUAUACACCGAGCCACGAUCACGAUGUACUGAGACACGCACAAUACUCUUGUGUCUAUUGGGUGGAUCAUCUCAAAGCCGUCAAUGACUUGGAAAGAGAGAAAUGUAUGUUGAGUUUGCAGGACAAUGGUGUCAUCCACCGUUUUCUCAAGGAAAAACUAUUGAAUUGGUUGGAGGCACUCAUUUUAAUAAAGAGGAUGCCAGAUGCCGCAAGGAGUGUUGGGAUAUUGAAGAAAUUGCUUGCACCUCUGCAAAUCUACAACUCGGCCAUUAUUUUUAGCCCGACUUCCAGCAUGGUACGACAGAUGUAUGAGGAGACCGAGGGGCCAAAGUGGAUUAACACAAAACCGGAGAUGCCAGUAGGAUGGACUGCACGCCUCCAGUCCCUUGAAGGACAUGAGACAAAGGUCAGAAUGUUGGAUUUUUCUCCAGAUGGAACACAGUUAGCAUCCGGGUCACGGAAUGGGAUAGUCAAGAUCUGGGACUUGGAGACAGGGGCGUGUCUGCAUACAUUCAUGUGUCAACGUCGACUUCGCCGGAUAGUCUUUUCACCUCAAGGCCAGCACUUGGCCACUAUAUCAACUGAAAUGGUCCAGAUAUGGAAUAUAGUAACAUCGACAUGCCUAUAUACAUUCGAGGACGAUGUAUCUGUUCAAAACUUGGCAUUUUCAUCAGAUGGGCUAUGGUUGGCUGCAAUCUGCUACAACCCAGGUAUCAAGAAUGCCAUCCGAACCUGGGAUCUCGGCACAGGUAUAGAACUGAAGACACACAAUCUCAGAACCGAUGCAUGGGAGAGUACAUGCACUGCAUUUGCACCGGAUGGAACACACCUCGCCUUGGAAAUAUAUGAUGAGAUUCUCAUUUUUGAUACUUCAACAGGCACGUGCCUAUCGAAAAUAAGCGGUUACCCAGCCAUUGAUUUAUACGAGCUUCAUUUCUUAGCGACCCCUACGAGACUGAUGUCGCAGUAUGGUGACGGAAGUUUUAGGAUCUGGGAUUCUGCCACAGGCGAGUAUCUACGACUUCUCAAUCUUGGAUGGAUGCCCGCCGACGGCAUAACUGCUCUUUCUCCGGAUGGCCUAUUGAUCGCAUCAGGAUAUUACGAGAUCGAAAUAUGGGACAUGGCCAUUGAUUCAUCCAUGAAAAUACUUGGAAAGCCCGAUAUUACUGUUGAGGCAAUUGUAUUUUCGUCAGAUGGCACACAACUUGCAACAGCAUCAUUCUCCUCCACCUUGGUAAGAUGCUUUAUCGAAAUUUAUGAUCCGCUCACUGGCGCUUGUUUGAAACAGUUUGAAUACGAAACAGAUACUAUUGCAUGUAUGGUAUUUUCUCCGGAUAGCAGGCGGUUGGCGGCCGCCGGCGAGAGUUCUAUUGAGAUUUGGGAUGUUUCUUCAGGCGUGAGCCUGCGGAGACUCGAUUUUGGAAAUAGGAGGUAUUGGGCUGACGCAAUGACUUUCUCGUCAGACGGUUAUCUCUUGGCAGCAAGCAUCUACCUAGAGGAUGGCAUUGAGAUAUGGGAUAUAACUACAGGUGAAAGCUUACGACAUAUCAGCAACCCUUACACUUUGGAGAGUGUCCAAGGGACGUGGAUUCUAAGAGGGCAACAGCGGGUGCUAUGGCUACCCCCGGAGUACCGGCCCAUUAGAAUUGCAAUUUAUGAUGGGUUUGUUAUUCUUGGUUGUAGGCGCGGCAUUAUUCUCCGUUUCCAGUUUGCUGUUGGCGCACUGGACAAGGUGCUGGUGUGA